AUGGCUAUCAAUGAUCCCGAACACAAAGAGGAGGAGGAAGCCGCUGCUGCUGAUGACGAAGACACCGGGGCUCAGGUUACUCCGAUCGACAAGCUUAAAGCAGUCGAGCAUCUUCGAUCCUCAACUAUAAUGGCUAUCAAUGAUCCCGAACACAAAGAGGGGGAGGAAUCCGCUGCUGACGACGAAGACACCAGGGCUCAGGUUGUUGAUGGCGUAAGUAAGGUAAAAGACGGAUAUAACCCUGCUACAUGGAUGUUGGAAGUUAGUACUUCAGCUCAAGAACUUACACUCGGAGGUGAUAUUUCGUACGAGCAGUUUCUUACAGAUAGCAAGGGUAUCCUUGAAUCACUAAGGAAGAGAGCACACAUGAUGACAGAUGAAUUCAAUAGUUGCAAAACUGUUGUUUGUAAUUUCAUAGAAGGCGCCAUGUAUUCAUUCCCACAAAUAAAACUACCCCCAAAAGCAAUUGAAGCUGCAACAAGUGCUGGAAAAGUUCUUGAUGUUUUCUAUUGCCUCAAGCUCUUGGAAGCCAUUGGCAUUUCUACUGUCCCUGGUUUAGGCUUUGGCCAAAAAGAAGGGUAGCUUACUUUUCUCCUUUGCUAUUUAUACCCUUCUUGUUUAUUUAUUUAUUUAUUUAAUAAACUUAGUUUUGAAGUCCUGGUAAUAUCUUUUUUUUUUAUUUCAUUUAUUAUCAAGUUAUUUUUUACAUUAAGAAUUAUUUUGUUUUGUUUGGUAUGAUGGAAUCGAAAGAAUGAAUGGAAUUGA